CUCAACGGUUUUUAUUCGAUAGAGAGUUGUGGUUUAAAGCCAACGUUGAAAAUGUCAAUCCUUUCAACUUCGUUCGUAAUCUUUUACGCAGCUUUAUUGCCAAUACUUUUCCAAUAUGCUACCGCAAAACUGGCUUCCCUGCAUCCCGUGUUGGUGGCACGGUCAUCUUUGGAUUGGAUGCCAAGCAGAGUUAAUUCCCUUUACUCUGACGUUGGAGCAUGGAGUGGGAAAUUCAGACCAGUAAUGGACGAAAUUGAAUCUGAUGAAGCAUUAAGGUUUUAUCAGUUUCUAAAUUACUUGGACGGAUCCAGUUUUGGAACAGGUCCGAUUGAUGAAUUUGUUGAAGCAAUGGGUAGACUCGCAAAUUAUAUGAAACAACAAAAUAGCCGAGAAACACAAGCACGAGGGAUGCGAGAAUUGGAAGCAAUAAAUGGAGAGAAAGGAAAUAGCAUUAAGACCGUUUUAGAUGUUAGUACGUUAAUUAUGAGAAAGAAGCGCAAAUUUUUCUGCACUGGUGAAGUCAAAGAACCAAUUGUUAAUAACAAGAUUAUCUGCAAGGACAGAAUACUACUUCCUAUCGCCGGCACGUCGUGUAGAGAUGCAAUUAUGUACUGGCACCCUGAUCUAACAGAAGAGCAUUAUUGCGUGGGUGCUCUGGAAGCUAAGAGUGCUGUCCAUAUCAUGGACAUUGAAGGUGAAAUGUUUUGCAAAGGUGAUGAUUAUUCGAAACGGGAAUUUCUACUGGCAUGUGACUUCUACGAGGACCAGGAGUCACCUGUAGCAGAUUUGCUUCAGUACUAUCCAGAUCCUGACCCAGAAAUUACACCAAAAUUGUUCUAAGAUGUAUUAUGCGUCAUAAUCUUCAAAAUACAAGUUUA